GACGUCGCGCCGAAGAGUCAACACUGUCAGUCUUGUGAGACUUUCUUUAGAAAAAUAAUCAUUUCUAUCAGUUCUAACGCGACAUAUAUCUUCUCUUCUUAAACUUAUAAGACACUCAUAGAAAUAAUAAGGAAAUUCAUGAAGAUAAAAAUGAAAGACUGCUGCUGAAGAUAUUCUUUGAGGAGGAAGACUCCUUUUAAUUAAAUAAAAGUUUUAUUAAAGAAAGUGUUUGUGUACAAUUUUUAAAGCUUGAGAUUGAUAAAUUUCUGGUCAAAAAUGAAUUUAAAUCCACCAAGUUAUACUUUUUUGGAGGCUGAUAAAACUGAAGAAAUGCUUCAUCUCUUCAAGGGCGAAAGAACUGGGUGGGUGCAAGUUGGAGAAAAAAAAUGGUUCUUCCCCUAUAGAUACACAGAACAAGGGUCAGCUUUUUAUCAUUUUAAAGCCAGACCCUCGGAUACUUGGGUAUUAUCUUAUCCAAGAUCAGGAACGACUUGGACUAUGGAACUGGUUUGGCUCUUAAAAAAUAACUUGGACUUCAAUACAGCCGGGAAGAAAACUCUAGCAGAAAGAUUUCCAUUCUUAGAAUUCAGCAUGUUUAAUCACCCAGAAGUGACAAGAACACUUCUCGAAUGGAACAAAGGGGAUGUAUCAAAGCAACAACUUUGCAAAGAAAUCGCCAGACCUGGUUAUGAAGUGCUAGAUGCUUUUUCAUCCCCCAGAUUUAUCAAGUCACAUUUCCCUUUUAGUCUCUUACCAAAUAUUUUAGAUUCUGGUUGUAAGAUUGUUUACGUGGCAAGAAAUCCAAAAGACGUAGCAGUUUCUUGGUACAUUCAGAAUAAAGCUUUUGUAACACAGGGAUACAUUGGCGAUUUUCCAACAUUCUGGAAUUACUUCAAAAAUGAUCUUACCGCUUGGAGUCCAUAUUGGGAACAUUUAAAGGAAGCUUGGGCUCAAAAAGAUCAUCCAAAUGUCCUUUUUAUGUUUUACGAAGAAAUGCAGGCCGAUCUACUCUCCUCUAUAAAAAAAAUAUCAAAUUUUCUUGGAAAAGUCUACAGUGACGAAGAAUUGUCCAAACUACUUGAUUACUUGGACAUAAAAAAUUUCAAAAAUAAUCCAAUGGUGAAUUCGGAAGAACUUCAAGAAUGCGGAGUUCUUCUAAUGAAUGGCGUUUUCGUAAGAAAAGGAAAAAGUGGAAAUUGGAAGUCAACGUUCACAGAAGAUCUAGAAAAAGAAGCUGAGGAAUGGAUUUCUGAAAAUUUAAAGGAUACGGACCUCGUAUUUCCUACAGAAUAGUUGAUUUCUAACUAAUUUAUUUUCCUACAUAUAUUACAAGUUAUUAUGUACAUAUUUUGUAAUAUUAUUUAAAUUAUAAAACUCUCGUGAUACUCUCCUUA